GUCACUAAUCCGCGCCACGGCCGCCAUGCAGGUCUUCCUCGGACGGAGCCGGGUCGCGUGGGGCGCCUGGCGGCAGCAGCAACAACCAUCCUUUCCCCGGCGCAGCUCCGCUGGCUACUCGACGGCCCUGAGGGUGGCCGGGGGCUCCGGCAAAGGUACAUCAGUACGAGGGGGAAGGUCCUCACAGAAUGAAAGAUCCCGGAGGGAGCCUGGAAUUCCCAGGACAGAGAAGAUGGAGGUUGACCAGGACUGGACAAGUGUAUAUCCAGCUGCAGCAGCUUUUAAGCCCUCUGCUGUACCACUCCCUAUUAGAAUGGGCUACCCGGUGAAAAGAGGCGUACCUCCAGUAAAAGAAGGCAACCUGGAACUUGUAAAGAUUCCCAAUUUCUUGCAUCUGACACCAGUUGCCAUCAGGAAGCACUGUGCUGCUCUUAAAGACUUCUGCACAGAGUGGCCAACUCUUCUGAACAAUGAGGAGAAAUGUAUGCAGCACUUUCCCAUAGAAGUUGACACAGUAGACUAUGUUUCAGCAGGUCCAUCUGUUCGUAAUCCUAAAGCAAGAGUCGUGACUCUAAGAAUUAAGCUUUCAAGCCUCAACUUGGAUGACCAUGCGAAGAAGAAGCUCAUUAAACUUUUAGGAGAGAGGUACAGCAAGGGCACAGAUACCCUUACCAUUACAACAGACAGGUGCCCUUUAAGAAGACAAAAUUAUGACUAUGCAGUGUAUCUCCUAACAGUUCUAUUUCAUGAAUCAUGGAAAACAGAACAGUGGGAAAAAGACAAGACAGAGGCUGACAUGGAAGAGUAUGUCUGGGAGAACAGUGCAUCUGAAAAGAAUGCUUUGGACACGUUGCUCCGAAUAAGAUCAGUUGAAAAAGCUGAAGAAGUCAGCAGAGAGGAGCUUCUUGCCUCAGAGAUCAUUCUGUCUUAUAAAAACUCAAUAGUUGCAUUGAGAAAUGAAGGAGAAAAUGAGAAGAACCUUUUUCAGUAUAAGAACUCUGUCAAAAAACUACUAAAUAUUAAUAGCUCGUAGAACUAUUUCUAGUGGAGUUGGAUAUGUACAUGUACAUAUGCAGAUGUACCCACAAAAAUGUACAUAAUAAAAUUUACAGCAGUAUCCAGUUUAAUCUUAA